AUGAAAGUCGAUCAGGAAUGUUCAUUCCUUAGUGUAGUCAUUCACAAGAUGAUGAGGGCCUUUAUGCUCACAGAACCGCAAGAAGAAGAACUUGAUUUUGCUGACGACAGUGAAAAAACAAACGAAGAAAACGUGGAACGAACGAAUUCAGUUGCCGAAGGUGACGUCUCCAACCGCUCCCGGUUCUCUGAAUCCUACAAGUAUGACGUACAGGAAAGGCUAAAGGAGACACUGGAGAGAAUGAGAUCCGGCUCGUUUGAUGAUACAGUGUGUCUACCAGCCAGUAUUCCAAAUGUGGUGUUGAAUGAAGUGUUGCAAUGCUGCUUUAAAAAGAAGGUAUCACCCCACGAAUCUGGGGAGGUACAGGUUUCAGCCGGCUAA